AUGAUGGUGAGACUGUGGGCACUCGACUGUACAAUUUGGAGCAAACCAUUCACAUUCGUCGGCAUGGACUACGAGGAUUACUAA